ACACACACACUCACAGGAUGAGAUUGUUGAGUCAGUUGACAUGUAAACCUAUGAGCUGUGACUUCCUCCUUCCGAGCAGUGUAGAGCCAGAGACUUCCUUCACCACUUUAAUGUAGUUUCAUCUUAGACCAUAGUUUCAGAAAACAACAGCAAAAUUUCCAAACUUUCUCACUUCUGUUUUUUUGGCACAGUGUAAGGAGCAGUAAUGGCGUUGCAGUGUUUUGUCCUCCUGGUCAUUUUCCUUAGUAAAUGCCUUGGACAUACUGAAUUCAUUUAUACAGCAAAGGAUGAAGUAAAAUUGUUUUGCGACACCAACAAAUGGCAAAUAAGCACAGAGUCUAACAACAACAUUGAUGUGUAUUGCACAGUGGAGUGUGUUCAUGGUGAAGCACUCAAACUUAAUAAUAUCCAGAAUUCCUGCAAAAAUAAAGAUUCAGUCAAAGUUGGUGAAAAAUGUUCGCUAAUAGCAAGCGGUGGAUUUUAUCGAUGUGUUACUGCUCUGGAUUCUGGUUUCUUAUUUCCAUUCAAACUGUCUCCCAACACUGUCACAUCAUACAUAGUCGCCACUGCAAAUGAAGAAAUGACAAACAAGUCUGAGGAAAGAUCUUCAGUCGAGCUAACUGAAGGUGAAGAUGUACUUUUAAACUGCAGUGUCAUCUUUACAAAAGAAAAUGACAACAAGAACUUUGUAGUGUACUGGAUCAAGACCAUUGGAAAGAACAGUACCUCUCUCAUCCUCUAUGUUACAAUUCCCAUAUUACUGGCUCUUGCUAUAGCUACUGUGUGGUUUAUCUGGAAAAAGAUUAAAACCUCACCAGGAUCUCAGGCGAUAGAACUACAGAGAAACCAAGAUGCGGAUGAUACGGAAGAAAAAGCUGAUAUGGAAUGUCCGUAUGCAGUGGGAUGUGGAGAGGAGGAGAUUAAGUUUAGAUCCCAAGGGGAUACAUUAAAGCAGGAAGGCCAAGAAGAAUCCAGAGACCUCUAUUCAGUUGUGAAGCUGAAUGAUUUGUAUGAACCCGGGGUAUGAGAGGACACUGUAACACUGAUGUCAAGAAAGAAUUUUGAGGGUAUAUACAGUACUUGCAUGUGACUUUUUUUUUUUUGGAACACAUUUACUGAAGUGAAAAAAAUGGUGUUAAUGUUGGUAGCAUGUGUGGGUUACAGUCUAGCAAGCAAAAGUCAAUACAGAAGUUUCAGGCAUAAGAUCACUGAGAUCCACGAGAAUGAUCUUAAAAGUAUUCUUUCAUCUUGUGGUCCUCCAUGUGGACUAGCAAGCUAAGCUUCCAUACAUAUUACAUCUUUCACAUUUUACGAUUUUUCUAGUGAUGUAAUGUAUGCAUUGCCAUUGAUUUCUGGAUUGUCCACCGUUCCAGAAUUGUGCUGGUUUGUUUUUAUUAUUAUUACAAUAAUUAUUUUUUUUUAUCAUUCUACACUGUGAGAAUGUUUCAGCUGUUUGAUUCUUAUCUCUUUAUGAUGUAAAUAUCAUUGCUGUGUGAUAUUUAUGCUUAUGAAUAAUAUAUGUAGAAUUUAGAUGUUUAUGUAUACUGUAUAUGCGCUGUGAUGGGUUGGCACCCCGUCCAGGGUGUCCUCCUCUACGUGCCCCGAGUUCCCCGAGAUAGGCUCCAGGCUCCCCUGAAAACAGUAUAAGCAGUACACAAAAUGGAUGGAUGGAUGGAUGGAUGUAUACUGUAUGUUUUGCUGUGGUCUGAAAGAGAGUUUCUACAUUCCUCUUCUGUUAAUAAGCUAUAGAUUUAUAACGUAUAUUGUUAAUGUCUAUAAUUGUUCAUGUGUAUAGACUUAUCUUUUGAGAGCGAACAGAGUCAAGAAAGGGGUCAUGCUUGCUGGUUUAAAAAUCAUCAUAAAACUCUCUCUGGCAUGUUUUCUUGUUCCUGGAGAAAUAAAAGAAAAACACUAAAGACCCCAGUAGUCUGUGAAGCAUAGCCUGGUGGUCUGCCUACAGUAUACACAGUGGUGCUUGAAAGUUUGUAAAGUUGGGAAUUUUCCGCAUAAAUAUGACCUAAAACAUCAUCAGAUUUUCACACAAGUCCUAAAAGUAGACAAUGAGAACCCAAUUAAAUAAAUGAGACAAAAAUAUUAUACGUGGUCAUUUAUUUAUUAAAGAAAAUGAUCCAAUAUUACAGAUCUGUGAGUGGCAAAAGUAUGAGAACCUCUAGGAUUAGCAGUUUAUUUGAAGGUGAAAUUAAAGUCAGGUGACUUCAAUCAAUGGGAUGACAAUCAGGUGUGAGUGAGGACUGUUGUUUAAUCUUUUGAUAUUUUGUUAAAAAAAUUCACAAAAAUACUCUCAUGGAUAUCAAACAAUUGGUUAAACAAUAAAGACAAUUUUUCGCAGUCU